CUGUUAAUUUAUUAAUGCUGUUCAGCAGCUGGGCGCAUUUUAUUUACAAAAUAAACGUUUUUGUGAAAUAAUGUCGAAUGACAAACGCACCGUUUAUGUUGGUGGAUUGGCCGACGAGGUCACGGAAAGAUUACUAAACAAUGCCUUCAUUCCGUUUGGCGAUAUUGCGGACAUACAAAUGCCGGUUGACUACGAGUCACAAAAGCAUCGAGGAUUCGCCUUUAUUGAGUACGAGAAUUAUGAAGAUGCCGCCUCUGCCAUUGAUAAUAUGAAUGAUUCCGAGCUGUGCGGUCGGACGAUACGCGUCAAUUUGGCCAAACCGGUGCGCGUGAAGGAGGACAGCUUUAAGCCGGUUUGGGCGGAUGAUGACUGGCUGCAGAAACAUGCCGGCGCCACAUUGCAAGCGGAUGGUGAGCCAGAGGCUGACAAGGAUACGGAGAAGGUGGAGGCGCCAUCGACCGGGCCAGCGGUAAUUGAGAAAUCGGAGAAACGCAAUCCGCAAGUGUUCUUUGACAUACGGAUCGGUGGCAACGAUGCCGGUCGCAUUGUGAUGCUUCUUCGCGCCGAUGUGGUGCCCAAGACGGCGGAGAACUUUCGCCAGCUCUGCACCCAUGAGCAGGGCUAUGGCUACAAGGGCUGCACCUUUCAUCGCAUCAUUCCAGAAUUUAUGUGUCAGGGCGGAGAUUUUACGAAUAACAAUGGCACCGGUGGCAAAUCCAUUUACGGCAAGAAGUUCAACGAUGAGAAUUUCAACUUGAAGCACAACAGCUUCGGCACAUUAUCCAUGGCCAAUUCGGGUCCCAACACAAAUGGCUCACAGUUUUUCAUAUGCACCACCAAAACUGACUGGCUGGACAACAAGCACGUGGUCUUCGGGCAUGUCAUCAGCGGUGCGGAUGUGGUGCGCAAGAUGGAACGUUGUGGCAACAAAGCUGGAACCCCUUCCCAAAAAAUUAUCGUAUAUGCUUGCGGUGAACUCAAAUAAUAAAAACACAUUUAGCGAA